AAAACUUCAUUAAAAGAGUGAGUGGCAAGACCAGAAAGCACUGAUGGUACCUGCUGUUUUAAAGCUUCAAAAUUGCUUUAAGGAAAUAUGAUGAAAGCAUUGCGGCUUUGGUUCAUGGAUCCUUUGCUUGAAUUUGGCAGAAUAUAGCAAUUUGGCUGUGAUUAUAGAGGUGGCAGUAACUUGAAGAGUUGUCCAUAAAUCAAGGUUGUUCCAUUUGAAGUUUACUUUCCACUGCUCAUUUGGUUAGAAACUGAUGAGUUCAAAAGCCAGAGGAAAUUUGACAGAAUGCAACAUCAUAUAACAUCUUUCUUUCAUUUGAUUUUCCUCCUUUCCUGCACUGUGGCAGGACUUCAUCAAGAACAGUAUCAGAAGAGAAGCUUCUAAUUUAUGAAGGGUCAUGGGCUUUUGGUCUGCCAGCUUUCAUCUCUCCUACAGACUCAAGAUAUUGAUGGUCAUUACCCUCUGCGUCUUAUUGAUACGCUGGGCUACCUCCACUUACCUGGUGGAUACUUUACAUGAAACUCCAGCAGCAAAGGGCAUGGCUGGAAGUUUUAGGAAGCCAACCACUAUUAAGGGGGAACAAAAGGAGAAUUCAGAGAUGAAGGCCUUGCUUACUGAGAAACUACCCACAGCAAGCCCCCUCUGCCCCUCUGUGUCUCCCUAUCUGCGAGGCCCCAGCAAGCUCACUUUCAGAACAUCUCUUACUCUGGAAGAACUGCGAAAACAGAAUCCUUUGGUAGCCAAGGGGCGCCAUAGGCCAAAAGAUUGCACGGCUCAGCAACGGGUGGCUAUAUUGAUUCCACACCGCAAUCGAGAGAAGCAUCUGCUGUACUUGUUGGAGAAUCUUCAUCCAUUCUUGCAGAGGCAGCAGCUGGAUUAUGGCCUUUAUGUCAUCCACCAGGCUGGCAAUGCCAAGUUUAACAGAGCAAAACUUCUAAAUGUGGGAUAUCUGGAGGCACUGAAAGAAGAGAACUGGGAUUGUUUUAUUUUCCAUGAUGUGGACUUGGUGCCAGAGAAUGAUUUCAACAUUUAUGUAUGUGGCAGUCAGCCAAAGCACUUGGUAGUUGGGAGAAAUAGCACAGGUUACAGGUUGCGUUACCAAGGAUACUUUGGCGGUGUAACUGCUCUGACAAGGGAACAAUUUCUGAAGGUGAAUGGAUUUUCAAACAACUACUGGGGCUGGGGAGGAGAGGACGAUGACCUCCGGAUCAGGGUUGAAAUGCAGAAAAUGAAGAUAAUCCGACCUUCCCCCAGUAUAGCCAAGUACACUAUGAUUUUUCACACUAGAGACCAAGGCAAUGAGGCAAAUGGCCAGAGAAUGAAUCUCUUGCAUCAGGUGCCUCGAGUAUGGAAGACUGAUGGGCUAAAUUCAUGCUCCUAUAAACUGCUUUCAAAAGAAUACAAUCCUUUAUAUACAAAUAUUACAGUGGAUUUUGGAAGGCAAACUAAGUUUUCAUAACCAUUUCUUAUGCCUAAUAAAUUUUAUAUGAAUGGACCAAAAAAAAGUAAUGACUUGAGCUACAGCAGUGAAAUAUUUCAUUUUCUGUUGGUGGAUACUCAACAAGUUCUUUACACAGGGGAUGUUUUUAAAACAUAGAUUUGUUAGUUACUUCCUUUUGAGCUACAAGACAACUUUGAUUAGCUGAAAAUUAAAGACUUUCUUUGAAUAAAAGUAAUCCUUUAUAAAGAAUUCUACUGAACAUUUUUUUGAAACAGAUAUAAGAACAAUUCAACCAUUAACUUUUCAAUGAAGCAAGACUUUUUUUCAACCCAACUUUUUAAAAUGUCUUUGUUUCUUCCAUUCAGCUGAAGAACUACUCAUAAUAUUCUAAAGAGGGGUGGUACAUAAUUUCUUUUUCUUAAACAAGGAAAAAAUAAAACUGAAUAGUGUAAAAGCUGUUUAUCUUCUGUUUUCAUAUUUAUCCCAAUAUCUGUUAAAGAAUGUGUGAGAAUUUAUUAUUAAAAGAAAUUGAUUAUGCUGUGCUUUUCAUUUUUUAAAGGAUAACAUCCAAACUUAUUUGCAUAGAGUACACAAGUAGAUAAAUUGAUAUUAAAUUAAAGCAUAUACCAUUGCUUUAGUCCUAUGGAAAAAUGUGAACCCUCACUAUAUUUUUAAAAAAAUGAGCCAGAACAAUAGUAUUCCAGCCACCCAAAGUCAAAUUAUUUUUGUAUUUUCAAGGUGGCUACCAGCAAACCACAUAAUAGGCUUGAAAAGCAAACACUCCUUAUUUUCUCCAGAUUUACAAAUGGACAGAGGGAAAUAAGAUUCAACAUUGGUGCUUUGAACAAACAGCAAUCUUGCUUAAAUAUUUACAGAUUUCCUACUCUUUCUAUAGGAAGGGUUCUAUGAUGAUUCAGUGAGCUAUAUAUGUGGGAUAUAAUACAGGGUAAAUCUCCAUAUCCAUUAAUUCCAGAUUUUUAAUACAGCAAAUACAUAAACAGCUGCUCUGUCUCAUCAGUUUGUCUACAGAAAUGUUUCAAAC